AUGAAAGAUAGACCUGGCUUUUUUGGCACCACUCUUCUAUAUUCAGCAGCUCGAAAUAAUCAUGCUAGUCUGGUUCGAUACCUUGUUACAAAAGCUCGAUGCUCGGUUAAUGCUCAAAAUCAACAGCAUAUUAAACGAGCUUUAUCAAAAUCAGUCAAGAAUGAUGCUGAUUUUGCUCCGAAUCCCUCGGCUGGUUCAACUGCUCUACAUGGCGCUUGUUUUGCUGGUCAUUUGGAGAUUAUGAAAUUUUUAUUCGAACACGGUGCUGAUUGUUUUCUCAGGAAUCAUGCUGAAGAAACACCGAUCGAUAAUGGACGAACGAAACCAAACAUUAUCAAAUAUUUUAUGGAGAAUCUUGUUCUCAGUUAUUCGAUCAAAACCAAUGACUUACCUCAUUUACCGAUUCGUGAAGAGGAUGAAGAUUAUGUGGUGGAUUGUUUUUGGGAAUACAAACCAUUUAAAGAACAGAAAUGGUUUCCAUUUUCCGAACUGGAAUCGGAAACUCUUCAAGGAUCACUGAUAGUCAAACCAGAACAAAAAUUUAAACGUGAAAUUCAUUUACGAGUACGCGCUGGAACUUAUGCUGUUUCGUUAAUUCAAUUUCUACGUUCAGGAAAAGAAGCCGAUUUUAGUCAAAAAAUCGCCUGGAUCCGUUGUCGAGGUUCAUCGAUCUUAAAUUUCAAUUGUUAUUGUCUAUGGCAAAUCAUGUUUACCAAAUAUCCCAAAGCCGAAAUAGAGCCAUCGUUGACGAUGUUAACCAUACCGACGGCUUAUGAUAGUAAUUUUAAAGUUCAUCUUGACUCGUGGUAUUUCUGCGAUGCUAAGACCAGCGCUCAGUUAGAUCACACCAUGAAAUAUCGACGAAAAUACAUUCGUUUAGUACUUUCUCGUGUUUGUCAUGAUGAAUUACUAUUUGAUUUACAAACAUUUUCGUUUACCAAUGAAAAUGGAAGUGUCACCGGUUCUAUUCGAUGGAUACCGAAAAUGAUUUCGAAUAAUUCACGCAACAAAAACAAAAUUAUCGGCAUUGAUGAUUUACAAACAUUAGCCAAUUUAGAUCCGAUACCUUUAACUACGGCACGAUUGAGACAAGUUUUACAAAAAGAUGAUCGCAUGUCCAUCGCUGAUGAUGACGAGCUUCUGGAAAAUGAAGAAGAAUACGAUUCCGACAUGGAAGCAGGCGACAUUGAAGACAACGAGAAUAAAUACAAAGCUGUGAACGAGGCACCCACCAAUCCCAUCAAUCAAUCUUGGUCAAUACAAGAUCUUGCUGAUGGAGAGGGAGAUCCUAAACUGGAUUCGUCGGCAUCUUCGAUUACGACAAGUAAAUCCGACGCUUCAGAUAAUCUGGAUGACAAACGAAUGGAUGAUUUUAUCAAUGAAGCAGCAGCUAAAGUUCGUUCAUCGCAACAAAAUCAUUUAGAAGAAAAAGUUACGAGCAAUACGUCGGAUGAUGAUAAAAAUUCAGCUGCAAUCAAAACCCAACUCUCAGAAUUAGAAAAGAAAAAUGAUCAGUUGAAAAAAGAUUUACAAAAUGAACAACAACGAAUAGAAACAUUAUUAGACUCAGGUAGCAAACAUGAACAAGAAGUGGUACGUUUAUUAGAUCAAAUCGCUAAGAUGGAAGGACAACAGAAAGAAAAUGAACGACAACAAGCAAAAUUAAGAGAAAUGGAUAAAAAUAUCAAAACAGUGGAUUAUAAUAACAUUCAACAUGAAGUGAUUCAUCGAUUUUUAACACCAAAAGAUUCGAUCAUUAUUCGUUAUUUACAAGAUUUAGUGAAAAAUCUCGAUCCAUCAUUCAACGAUCGAGUACCGAAAAUAAUCUUUGCUGAAAAAAACAAUCAAUACAUCGUUACCGUCGUUGGUUUUUCUGCUCAUCAUCAAGGAUUCAAAGAUGUUUUACAACGUAUUUGGUCGCUGAUGAAUGUUAUCGAAUCAGCCAAAGGUUUUUAUCAACGAAAUACCAAUCGACAGAUCAAACAAUUGAUGAAAGAAGCUGUAUACCGUGUGAAACCAAAAACACACAGUUGGAGAGAAUACGUCAAAGCCUUCAGUCAAUUAUUAGAAGCGAAAAGUGUCGAAUAUAGAAAGAAAUUCCAAGAUUAUCUUGACGAACAAGCGAAUGUUUUGAUUGAUCAAUGUAUCAUGGGCAAAUUACCAACACCCUGGGUGGACAUUCGAAAAGCAACUGACCAAUUUUUGCAGAAACAUCCAUUGAUGAACGAAAUCGAAUCGAUUAAACAUGCGGCAUUAGAAGAAUUUAUCAAAGAAAAUAUCUUCAUUCAACGUGCAAAACUGGAGAAAAAACCAUCAGCCAAAUCUGUUGCUGUUCUCCAAGAUUUCAUCAAUAAAGUGCAAAAAGAAUUUAAAACACAAAAGAUGUAUCAAGGACACGAACUGAAACAUUUUACUUUGAUCCCCAAACUUCUUCAACGGCUCGUUCUUUAUUAUGGUUGUUUCAAAGUCGAAUUACCAUUGUAUGAAUCAUCAAAAGAUUUAUUAGACAAAAUUGAGAACAACGCUGUGACAACCAUCUCGACAUCCACUGGAUCAGGAAAAUCCACAUUAUUACCGGUCUUAUUGGUCGCUGAAGGUUAUGAUAAAGUCAUUGUCACCCAACCGCGACGUUUACCGUGUCAAUUAAUUUGUAAACGUGUCAAUGAAACGAUGGCCGACGAAUCCGGACCAACGAAAGAUCCAUUAGCUGGUUGGGCAGUCAGUGGUACCGAAAAAAAUCCAAACGCAAAUAUUCUUUACUUAACCGAUGGUUUACUCAAAGAACGGUUACUCUACGAUUCAAAUUUAAUCUCCAUAAAUACGAAAUUCAAUAAAUCAGUAGUCUUCUUUGUCGACGAAGUGCAUGAGCGCUCGGUCAAUAUCGAUCUUUGUCUUGCUUUACUUGCUCGAUUGUUAAGUAUUCAACCUGAAUUGAAAACGAAAAUGAAAGUGAUCAUUUCUUCUGCAACACUCGAUGCUUCGGUGCCAACAUUAUUUCGUAAUAUUCCUCAGGUUGGCCUCGCAGAAUUCAAAAUGCCACAAAUGGGAACUUUACAUACAGUGACAAAAAUCGCUCGACCCAAUGAAAAUGCUUUAGAUAUUGUUCAAGAAUUGUGCAAAAAACGUAAACGACAUGAUCAAAUUCUUUGUUUUGUUAGCUCAGUUGCCGAAGUAAAUCAAUCCUGUAAAUUAAUUAAUCAAAUCAGUCGAGAAACAAUUGUUGCCUAUCCAUUGAUUCAAUCACAACAUCCCAAUAUUCAACAAUACAACAUCGAACAUGGUACUGUGUUCUUCUCAACCACUGUCGCUGAAACAUCGUUGACAUUUCCCUGUCUAAAAUACGUCGUCGAUACUGGAAUGAUCAAUGUUCCUGUUUAUGAUUUCGACUCGAAACGAACUGUUCUAAAAGAAGUUCGAGCUGCUGAAUCGACGAUCAAACAACGAUUAGGUCGUCUAGGUCGAACUCAACCCGGUGAAUAUUAUUCAUUGUACGAUUUCAAAGUCGAUGAUGUUCGUUAUCCUGUUCCUCAGAUCUGCCAAUCGGAUUUAAUGAAUAUUGAAUUCUCAUUAAGAAAGUCUCCAUUGAAAAAAGGAUUCACUUAUAUGAAAUCAUUUCUACCGGAUAAACCGUCACAAAAGGCGAUCAAUACGACCAUUGAACAAUUGAAAGAUUUAAAUAUAUUGGAGAAAGGUGCCAAUGAUAUAUUCACAAAACAUGGUGAAGAUUUAGCGAAAUUACCUGAUUUUGGUUCAUUGGCGAUGUCCAAAGCGGUCUUGGCGGCACUUCGUACUUAUGAUUGUGGACGUGAUUUGAUCUGUUUAUCAGCGAUUUUGGGUAUUCUUAACACAACAAUUCUGUUCAAAAGUUUACCUCAGCAUCUAAAAAGUUCUGAUGGAGACUUUAUGACUUUGUUAAACUUGAUGAACGAAAUUCUUUUAGUGAGACAGAGCAUUCCAGCAAAACAAUUCAAUCUCGAUCAAGUUUGUCAAUCAAAAGGUUUAAAAGAGAUUCAACAUGUUAUUCGUCAAGCAAUGAGACGUUACCUAACAUUAGAAAAAACUUUUAAUCAGUCACCUGAUUUCUGUACACAAGCUCAAGUACAAUCAGGAGACUGGGAAUUGGUUGCCAGAUCAUUAUUGACUGGUUACUCGGAUAAUGUGUUUGUUUCGAUGAAAGAAUUACAAGAUCGAUCCCAUUUAUUCAUGCGUUACAAUAAUCGAGAUGAUUUAGCUAAACUUGAUUUACAAUCGACAUUAACACGACCAAUUAGCACAGCACCAGUCUCAUUCGUCUUAGCUCGAGACAUUCGCCAUUCGACGGCCGUCCGAGCUAUAGGAAUCAUAUCAUUCGUUGGUGAAAUUAAAGCUGAAUGGCUCGAAUACCCACUUGAACGUGAAUUUGAUAUAACCAACGAGGAGGAAACUUAUCUUAAUACAACAAAUCGAUUUGUCGAUGCUCUCACAAAAUUCUCUAAUCGAAUCAACAUGUUAUUAGGCGGUCAAAAGAUGAAAUUCAAAGGUUCGUCUGGCACUGUUCUCAAUGCUGAAUUACAUAUUCGGCAACAAAUGAUUUCUGAAUUGAAAUUUAAUUUGUCAAACACGACGAGUCCAGGUGAUAAUUCGAACUUCGCUCGAAAUCUAGAAAGUAUUAUGAAAAUGACUCAUAUCUUUAAUCCGAUGAAAUGGCGAUGGGCCGCAGAAAGACAAAUAGAAAUUACGAUAAAUAGCAAUACAGCAACAAAAACUUGUGAAAUUAUCGUCAAAGGAAGAGAUUCUGAUAAUAAAAAAGUAAAGAAUGAAUUUGAUGCAUUUAUUGGUUGGUUACGAAAUUGUGCUGUUAUACGACAUCCAAACGAUUAUGUCAGUCCACGUGUACUUCGACCAGCAAUGCGUAAAGAUUGUCGAGAUAUGGAAGAAAGAAUUAGUCGUGUAACUGAUACAAAACGAACGCCAGUGGAUUUAUACAAGGGUGUCCGAGGUAGUAAAGCGACACGUGAAACACGAAUGGAAGUGGUAGCAUGGAUUGCAGUUUGCAAAUUUGACUGUAAAUUAGAAGGUGGUUUUGUUCGUGAUUGGAUUGUUGGUCAUUACACAGCACGACCACCUGGUAUAACUGACCCUAAAAAAUGGAUUGACAAGAGUAAUUCUAUGCCAGCUUUAGUAAAAGAAGUGAUUCCAUGUGAUUUGGAUUGUCAUUUACCGUCGCAUAUGUAUUUCGAUAUAGAGAAGUUUCAAGAUGAAUUGUAUAAAUACGGCAUAACAUGUGAGGUAAAACGUGACUAUUGGCGAUAUGUUUUACUAUUUGAUGAAAGCGAACCUACAGGUCCAUUCACUAUGGAUUUAAUUGAACCACAUGUAGCAUUAACACAUGAUCGAAUCGAUUUAGAUGUGAAUAAUUUAUCUGUAGAAAAAGAUUAUACACAUGAACUCGGAAUGCGUAUCGAUAUUCAGCGGAAGCCUUAUGAAAUUGAAUUAGAAAAGAUUGUUAAUAACAUCAAAAACAAACGUUUUAAAGUUCUUCGUCCUCUGGAUCAUUAUGUUAGAAUACGUAUUGAUAAAAUGGAACGACGUGGAUGGACACAAGAUGGACCUGUUAUAUCGGUCAUACCUGAUCCACAUUAUAAAUAUUAUGCCAUUUUAGUACCAUUACCAUCGAGUGCUACUCUCUAUACCGACGUCUCAACUAAAAUGAGAAAUAUUCCUUCGGUCCAAAUUGUCUCGAUUGAAGAAAUUCGAAAUCCAUAUCUGGAAGAAACCUAUGAAGGUAUGAAGAAACUUAUUGCCAAACAAUGUCCAAAUCAAAAUCCAAACGAACAAGAAUUAUUUCAUGGUACGAAAAGUGCUGGAAUCAUAGGUAUCACAGAAGAUGGAUAUGAUGAUCGAUAUUUUAAUGCAGGUGGUUUGUAUGGUCAUGGUGCCUAUUUUGCUGACGAUCCAAACAAGUCGCAUGGUUAUACCGAAGUGAACGCAAUAGAUGGCACACGUGUAAUGUUUUUCAAUAAUGUUCUCUUGGGCAAUCCAACAACCUUAACUGCUACCAACAACUCGCUUAUUUCAGCACCACAUGGAUUUCAUUCAGUGAUUGGAAAACAUGCAGCAAUGACUGAAUACAUCGUUUAUCGCUAUGGUCAAGCUCUACCCUAUUUAAAAAUCAUUUACAAAGUUUAA